GAAUACAGAUACCUAAAAAAUAAUAUUAUUGUCACAAUAUUACUAUUAGCGAUGGUCAUUGUCAAAAUGGAUGUCAUAACGCGACAUAAAAAUUGUUUAAUUGGUAUGUAACUUUUAUUAUCUGGAACUGAUAACUAGAUGCAAACGAUACUAGGCCCUAAUUAGUUUAAGUUAAUUGGGACUACUAGUUCAAUUAUUUCCUGCCUGCUGUCACUUGUCCCUAGUUAGUCCCUAGCCCUAGCCUGACCCUGAGAGUGAGACUGACACUGACACUUGAGUGGGCUCAGGAUUUGAGUGUGAAUCACUAGAUUUUACUUUUUACAAGUUUAUGAACUUUUUCUUUUUAGCCCUACCUAUAAUUUUCAUAAAAUCUACAUUAAUUGCUUAGUUAGAAUUAUACAUCAAUAACAACACAGACAAAUAGUAGACAAAUAUAAUUAUUAGUUGUAUUUAUUAUUAAGCCAGUCAAGUCAAUGAUCAACGUGACAACGUUGAAUGAAUUUGUAGUGAGUCUAUAAUCUAUGUAAUUUAGGGGAUAGAUUGCAAAAGUGUAGUUAGCAUAAUGGGUUUUGCUAAGCGUUGUCUUACCCUAAGCGCAGUGACAUCACUUUGGGGAAUACCAACAUAACAUAACACUGGACUGGUGAAUUCUGAAUAGACCAUUAAGUCCAAUAGUUGGUCCUAAACUAACUAAGUAUAACUUUCCCAUUCUUCACUGAGGAUUAUAACCUAAAUCUAAUGAUUUAUUCAGUUAAUAUGAUGAAAUAUAUUAAAAUGAAAAAUUUUAUAUUAAAAAAAAAAAAUUCAACUUACUAGUCUAGGUUCUAUGGACUGAAUAAGAGUAAGAGUCUCAUCCUUGAGGAUAUGUCAGAGGGAAAAAGACAUGCACUUUGAUAAAGGGCUGUCUUUUGAUUGGUUGAAAAAAAAGUAUCCAUAUGUCAUUAAGUCAUUACUUUCUAUCAUUUCACGGUGCCGUACAGUAAGUCCCUCUUUUCUCGCUUGAAAGACAAGAAUAAAAAAAUAACUUACUGGGGAGGGGAGACCCCUCUCCCAUUUUCAAGAUAAAGAAAUAAAAAAUUAGACCAAAAAUUUGUGAUCAGAGAAAUACAGAGCUACAAAUAUAAAUAUUUUGAAGACAGACUAUAGCUGGAAAUUGACCUGGGGAACCUGCAUGACCUAUAUACCAUGGAAGACAUGGCCAGCUUUACCCCUAGUACAACCUAGCUGACCAAUGCCUUUUUAUUUCAUUAUAAAUUAAAUAUAUUUCAUAGUCGUACUUAAUAUUGAUUUAAAAUUGAAUAAUUAAAAUAUUAAUCAGUUAUGUCCAUUGAGUUAACAAAGUAUAAUACCAUAUAGUAAGUACAGUAUAAUAAAUCAGUAGGUUUAAGACUUGCACCUCUGCUCUGAUUGUCCACUGUCCACUAAAAUAUUUUAUAAAUAUUAUAUAUUUUUAUUAUUAUUAUAUAUAUAUUACUAUUUUAGAGGUUAGAUAACAGAUCAUAUAAAUUCAUUAAAAAAAAAUAAAAACAUUGGCUAAAUUAAACUGUGACACGAACCAUCUCACAUUGUUAUUGAUUACUUUGAGAAGAAUAUUUAUUUAAUUAUUCAGGUCCAUGCUAAUUAUAUUUUGAAAGUAGUGAUAUGGGUAUGUAUAAUAAACCAAUAAUAAUAAAUAAUAUUAUGAAUCAUACAAAUACAAUAUACUAUGAUAAAGCAACAAUAUUUAUUAAGAUUUCUGUGCUCGAGACCUAUGCUGAAAAGUGGAAAAUGGUUGUAAAUGCGGAGAAGACUGUGUACUCAGUAUUUACAAAUGAGUGAAAAGCCCUCAAUGAGAAAAUCAUUUUACACAUCUGCGGGAAAAUGCUCAAAUGGGACAAGGCACCAACUGAUAUGGACCAAAACUGAAACUGGACCAAAAAAUCCAGCUAGAUAUUCCUAUUUGUGAAAUUAGUGCCCAAGCCUUGUGAAAAAACUAGCUAGCACGAUCUGGGUCGCUGAGGCAACCCUUCAAAGAAUGCUAUGUAUUAAGAGUGUAAGGGGCAUGAUUGAUUACAGCCUACCCAUCCAGGCCUUUGCUAACUGUACAGCUUUAGAGGGUCUGGACCACAUACAAAACCUAGCUUGCAGGUUCGUAUGCGGGGUGUUCUACAUUACACCCGCAGCUGCCGUAGAAAUCCUGUCUGAUGUUAAACUACUCAACAUUAGGAGAGACAAUGCUAAAUACAGCACACUCAUCAAGUACCCAAAGGAGGUACCUUCACCAGAGGAGAUUUCAGGGCUGAGUGGAAAGUAUAGCACAAGCCUUAAUGCAGAAAUCAAAGCUAUACUUAUGGCCUUGAAACAAAUGUGCCGCCAAUUAGCUUAAUGAAAACCAUUUCUGUCCUUGUAGUGUUUACAGGCUCACACUUCUUUCUCUGAGUAGAUGCUCAAUAGACACGAAAAUGGUCAAAGCCAUUCUGGAUGUAGUACGAGACAAAAAGUCACAUGGAGGCAGAGUAGUCCUUCAAUGGAUCCCUGGACACGCAGAACUAUCCCAAAAUUGCGACGCUGGUAGAUGCAGCACACCUGUAAUGUGCUUGCCAGGGUGAUGAAAGAUCGUUAGCUCUGCCCCAAUAAGAGAUUGAAUGUAUUAAGAUUUCUUUCAUUAUCUCAGGUUUGCCUUACUUUUUCUUUCUAUCACAUGAGAGAAAAGCGGUGUGACAUUUUCAUCAUUAGUCCCUUUGAUGAGUAAUCUAAUGAAUAUUUAUUACUAGGGCUUUCCGGGGGGGGGGGGGGGGGGGGUUUUUUUACACCGGGUCAGGGUAUUUUGAGAAAAUACCUGCUGGGUCCAAAGGUUACAAAAAAUAAAAUUUUAAUUCUCAUUUUCUAUAGUAUAUGCCGGCCUUUAUACAAUAGUCCUACUUUUAGUCAUUACGGUUAAUUUAAAACGUGUUCAGUAGGGGGGGAGGGCUGGUUGCUAUAAGGAAGCAGUCACACCAGAAGCAAAAUAUAUAUAAGAGAUAAUGGGUGGUUUCAGCGUAUCCUUCGAUAAAAUACUAAGAUUAAAAUGCUUGUUGUUCGAAAUUUAAAUAAGUCCCAAUAGGCUAUAUUUUAAAUAAAGGCAAAUAGUAAUCCACUCCAUUAGCAUGAAUGGAUGAAAUUCAUUGAUGUAUUUGAAUAUGACUUUUUUAAAGAAUAAACUCUUCUGUGUUUGAGUAGAUCUAAUUAGAAACACUCUCCCCAACUGUGAUAAAUGGCAAGGCAUGAAGUAAAUGUUUACUUUGUGUACAUAUAAUUAUUAUCCAAAUAUGUACCAGAAAAUCAAACAAACCAGAUUAGCUACCCCUGGUAUCGUCUUUUUAAAAAUAUGCAUUUUGAUCUCAACAAAAAUUUUGGAUUGUGAAUCUUGUCAAAACUUUUUCCUAAAGCAAUCUAGCACAAUUAAAACAUAAUGGAUCUAACAUUUUUUUCAGGCUACGAACAAUAACUUAAGCCAUCAAAAGAGAUUUCAGCGAAUAAUUUAUAAUGAUGUCAUCACGAAGUCCACCACAGACGGAUGCAGAACCGGAGCCUAUAAAAUGUAAUUUAUUUUAUUUUACAGGGCAAGCAGCUUUGAAGUCUUUUCAAAUUUCAAUUUAGUGGCAAAUAGUUCUAUAAUCAUAAUAUGUGGUACUGUCAACUAUAAAGAAGGUUAGGAUAACCUACCAUUGUACCUUGCACACUGCCAGAAUUAUGUGUACUGGGUACAGUUUGAAGCUUAGUAUUUCUGUCACAGAUUUAUCAACAAGAAGUUGAUAUAAAAUAUACACUGUUUAUCGAAUGUAUUGCUAUUGGAGAUAGGGUACAAAAAUUUGAAUGUGUGAAAAACUUAUUUGACAUGAUGGCUGUUGUUCAGCUGAAAAGUCAUUACAUUUCACAUGAAAUUCUUGUAUUCUUAAAGAAUAAAGUUAAGAGUAGCACAAUGCUAAGGACUAAAAUUAUAACCAAAAAAAAUAAUUUCAAAUUAACGGUAUAUUUAUUUCAAGUAAUAUUUAAAAUAAUACUUUAAAGUUAUCUUUAUUCUGAAUAUGUUAGGUUUUGAUUCCUGGCUAGAUGUUUGAUGGCUAAUUUUACUCUGUAUACCAUAUGAUUAAAUGAUUAAGUAAAAGCAGCUACAGUUGAAAAGGUUGGGCUAUAAAAAAAAAGUAUGGUUCACAAGUUAUCCACAUAGUUUGCAGUUCCACAUUCUAUCAUAAAUUUAAUUAUCGAAAAGUACAAUGAGUUAGAAAUAUAGUAAAGUGAUAGAAAUAUAAUCGAUAUACAAAAACAGAUAAAAUGAUUUUCUUUAUAUUUCUCAGUCUCAGAUCCCAUAGGAAUAAACAGAUCUAACAUCCAACCAUCCGGGAACAGUUUAUAUUCUUCAAGUGGUGGUAAAAACUGCAAGAGUUCAUCUUCAGUUGCUUCUCAUUCCUCUGGUUAUUCAAGUGUCUCUGAAAUUAAUUUAGUGUCUGCUUCAUAUUCUAAUAUACAAUCUGCAAGACCUUUUUCAGAUGAAAAUAAACUAUUGUAUUCUGAUUAUCUCCCAUAUUUUAAAGAUGAAAAAUUGAAGGAAGACAACUGUGAUAUUCUUAUUAUACAUGCUGAAAAGGACUUAACAGAAGCAAAACAAUUCAAAGAACAUCUGCAGAAAGAUAUUGUAUUGCAUGUUAACAAAAAGUCUUUGCGUCCAAGGGUAAAACUGUUACAAGAAUUUAUUGUAGGAUCCUCUUUUGAAUAUCUAGACUUUGCAUUUUCAAAAAGUCUUUACGUCUUUCUCUAUGUUACAAAAGAAUUUUGUGAUUGCACUUGGAGUUUGCUACAAGGCCAAGCUUGUCUUACAGAAGCGAUUCGUGAUCUAGAAAGAAAAUGGUGUGUGAUUCCUGUUCAUACAAGGUCAAGAAAAAACCAGAAUUAUAAACUUCCCAUGAUGCUCGGUAGUUUGCGACCAAUAAACUAUUGGAAAGAAGAUAUUGAUCAGUUUUAUACAGAGGGUGUUAGAAAACUUCUUGACUCUAAACUUGCUGUUCUUCUUCAUAGAGAUCAAAUGCUAGAAGAAGAUAGAUCCAAAUAUUUUGAACUCAACAAAGAACAAAUUUUACUAGAUUGUGCAUAUCAUCAGAAAAAGUCUUCUUAUUUUGAUGGUAACAGCUGUAGUUCAGUGAUGCACCCUAUCCAGGUUGAGGCUGAUCAUGUUUCCAAAUUAGUAUCUAUAUCAACAAAUGAAGCAACUUUUAAUCCAACUAAAAAAGAUUUGAUGGGAGCUACAGAUUCUGGAUUUGUUGAAGAGAGAGCGAAACAGAUAACUCUAAAUGAAAAUCAGACAAUUGAUUAUGGAAAUUCAUUGAAAGUCAGUUUUCAGAAUAAUGGGCCACUGCAAAAGCCUACAUCAUCAGAUGUGGAUUUAAGUAAUUCAAGUCAGCACUGUUCAUCCUCUGAUGUGAUUGGACCUUUAAGUACAGAAAAUAUAUCUCCAGAUACCAUCACUAACCUUUCUUCUUUAGCUAUCGAUGGCCCUGCCAACAUUGAAAUACAAUCGCCUGCCUCUAGGGUCAAAUCACCAAUCUCACAUGAAGGUUCCAGAACACAUUGUGUGCCAUCAGCUUCUAGUGGAGAGCCAGUUAAAAAUGCAGUUCCAUUAAACUUACCCCCUGGAGGUUACACACAUUCUGCUCUGUCAGUAAACACUUUCUCGUCAGGAGGAGCCCCUAACUUUUACCCAGUGCAAAUGAACUGUCCGCAGAUGGUCAUGGGUCUAAAUGGUGCAUUAUAUGUAACUACACAAUUUGGAUAUCACCUUGUCUCACCCCAUAUGCAUUCUAUGCAACCAGGGGUUGUAUCAAAUUCACAGCCUCUUCCCUAUCAUCUGCCUUUCCCAUAUAACCCUUACAUGAGUAUUCCAAAUCAACAACCUUCUUCACAGCCAUCUUAUUUUGCACUACAGCAUUCAAACCAAUUAAGUUCAACAUCCGAAAGUGCGCAAUCCUCAAUACAAGCCAAUGUCAGCUCCGUUCCAUCACAAUUUAUUUCAGGAUCUGUGGGUUAUAUUCCACCAAGCAUAACUCCAUCUGGGUUUUAUAACCCAUAUCAGACAACUACACCAUGGCAGCCGGGAAUAGUUAACCCUGGAUUCACUCAGCAUGAUAAUUCUGUUUUAUCAAACAGAGGAGAUUUUACAAACAUCAAGUCUCUUCUGGCACAACCAGCAGGGGGUACAAUGUCAGAGUUAAAUAGCCCAAAAGCAAAGACCAUCAGUGAACCUAUUCCAGUAGAUGCUGCUGGUGACAAGGCUUCAGACUCCUCCCCAAUAUCACCAAGUGCCGUCAUUGCUCCAGUGGUACAGCACAUACACCACCACCACCAUAAGAAAGAGAUCAGGGUGGAAAAUGCUACAAAUGUUCUAAUUGGAGACCAAUCAAAGUUUAUAAAUAAUUCAACUGUUCACAGUGUUCAUGCUGAAAUGGAACAUGAAAGUACUGAUGAGGAUGAAUCAUUUGAACAGCAUGGUACAGGGCUUAAAACUAACGCAUCCAGGUAAAUUAAGAAGUCUUAUAUAUCUUUAUUGCUACUUGAAAAGUAUCUAAUAAACAAUAGUGAAGAUAUUUUUUAAUGGAUUACAUUAUUUCAUAAAACUUUACAAAAUACGGUAUAGUAAUCAAAAUUGUCGUUUUACUUCUUUACUUUAAAUUUCCUAUCAGAUAAUAGAUAACUUGAAUCCUUGAUUACAGAAAAUUUAGACAUUUAUAUUUUAUGUUACGGUACCUCUUUAAUUUUAAAAGUAAUAUCAUUUAUAAUAUUUUGAAUUAUUUCUUUUUCAAAAUGCACAUUGGAAUAGGCUUGAAAGACCAAGUUCUCAAUCUGCAGAUUGUAUUCACAGUAUGUAUGGUACAAGUACUAAUAACUUAGUUUCUUUGCAUAUUUUAAUUUCUAGUACUCACUCAUAAAUUUUGGAAACAUAAUAAUAUUAUGGCUUUUAAACUUUUGUGGGAUUGAAUUAGAAUUCAUCAAAUGUAUACAUAUUUUUAGUUAAGUGUACCAGUACAUGGUUGAUGUUGAAUAAAUUACUGAAUGGUAAAGUAAGUUUAAUUUUUUGUACCGGUAAAGAUAUUUGGAAUUUUUUUGUGUUAAGUACAAAAAUAACCCCCAUUAUUUCACCAGAAAAAAUUCAUGAUUAUAGAAUGGUAUUUCAUUGAAAUGGAAAGAAAAAGUGAAGAAAAACAGAUCCCCAAAUAUUAAUAUAUAUUCAUUUUCUUCAUCAGGAGUAGAAACCUCUGUGAAAGAUCUUAAAAAAGAGCCAGUAGAACAAUCUGUGGGAUAUCCAGAAUGUCCUGAACCAGUGACAACAAGAGAACCUAUAGAAGCAUCAAAUGAUGAAGCUGAUGACAGCUCAUUAAUUGCUCAGCAGCAUCAGACGUAUGCAAAAGUGGUGUGAUUUAUGGUGUGGAAAAUUAUUAUAAGCUUUUUUUUCCUUUAUGAACUUUCUGAUUUCUCAGCUAGAUAGUAUCAAAUGUACUUGCCUACAGAGCAAAAAUUUCUAGCAAUUUUUAUUAGGGUAUUUAACUUUUUUGAUAAAUUGAAUACAACUUUAUUCAAUACUCUCAUCUGGUUUUAAAUUAAUUAGAAAGUGUCUCCUUGUUUUUUUUUAUUAAAACCUUCCAUGCAAAGCAGUGUCUCUCAAAUGAUGGUCCCCGGACUGGCACCAGUCCGCCAGCCUAACGCUGCCAGUACACACAACAUGAGUAGGUAGGAUCAAAUAAAAAGAUAUAAUUAAUAAAUAUGGCACCGGUCCCUGAUGGAAUUUUAAAAUGUGUCCACUGGCCGGCCAAACUUUUUAAAUGUUUGGGAAAUACUGCUGUUAAGUACAGUCAAGGGUAAAAUUUAAAAAAAAAAAAAAAAUGGUACUAGUACUAUUAAAGUUAAUUGUUGGGUUAAUCUGAAAGUUAUCUCUUUUGUGAUAUGCAUCUUCUGUAAUAUUUGUCUGAUAUUCACUGAUAAUUAUUUUAAAUGGUGCCGGUACUAAUUAUUUAUUUUGGUACGCUAAUAGUGUAUGACAUUUAACCAGAUUAUAUAAAGAACUGGUUGCAGCAAAAAAUCAGUUUGUUCCAAGUUCAUGUAUUUGAAAAUACUGGCAAUAUAAAAUAUAUACACUGUGCUAAACUCUCAGAAAAAAGUAGGACAUAAAUGGAGUGUAACUAAAAUUUGUAUGUUCUCAAAAAGAAAUGGAACAUAUAGAGGUACAGAUACCAUAAAAUAAAUGUUAAUAAAGUAAGCAACAUAGGUUGAUCUAGAAAUGAUCCACAGAUAGGAUUACAUAGUACAAAUGUUAGUGGGUGAAAUAAAGUUGGUAACUAAUGACAUUGUGUUUUGACUGGCAGUAUUGUCAACUUUUCUUACUCUUAAAUCUUAGAAUCAUUUUAAAGCUAUAAUUUUCUAUGUAAGUAUGUAAGUAGACCAGACUAUACAAAAUGCAUGGCUCUCACUCAAAAUCCUCCAAAGAAUUUAUUUAAGGUUUAGUUUCUGAAUUCAGUGACUAUAAACAAAAAUAACUACUGUGUUAAUUAUUUAAGGGGCUCUAAUCAUUUCUAAACCUUCGCUGCAUGGUAAUCAAUGGUAAUUAAAAUUUUUAAAAAAAUAUGUUAUGUAUAUAAAUUAUUCACUGAACAUAACAAUUUCUUAGUAAGUGUGCACCACUUUACAUACCACUGUACUCAAUAAAUUUAGUUAAAUGUAUUUUAUAUUUUGAGAUGAUCAGAAAACAGCAAUAUAUAUUUAUUUGUGGACUUCCUUUAUAAAUACAUUUCAUAAAUGUUUUAAGUUAUCAAGAUGUAAGACUAAUGCUAGAAAUUUGUUCAUGUGGGUAUACCCAUUACCUAUUGAUUACAGAAAUAUUUUUUUUUACAGGAUUUUUUGCAAAAUAAUUAUAUUAUAACAUACUUUUUAUGAUAUAGCUGUAAACUCAUGUUUUAAAUGGUGAUCACCUGAAGUUAAAAUCCUGUCCUGCUUGGGAUUGAAUCCCAAACAAGUACCUGUAUGAAAAAUCCACUUUUACUUUUACACUGCAAAGUUUAUAAUUGUGAUCAUGUGGUUGCCGAAUCAAGUUUACAUCUGUCAUCAACUUGUAGUACCGGUAGUUGUAACGUGCCAAAAGUAGCACCAGUGACAAACAAAUGUUAGAAAUUGGUGUGGUUAUCAUUUGUUUUGCUCAAAUAUGUGGGCUACUUUCAUAUUCUGUGACUGCUAACUAACUUGCAUGGAAAAUAGAAAUCUACCAGUAUCAUAGUUAUUAAAAAUGUAUACAAGUACACAGGGAGCAGGAUUUUUCUAAAUACAUAUUUUAGGAAUGUGCUGCCUUUAACUUUAAAAGAUACUGUAUUCAAAGUUUUAAUAGAGUAGAAUUAUAAUUGAUAAAAUAAUUUACUUGUAAUACCAGUAUUUAAUGCUUGAUACAGUAUUACUCAUGUUGGGCUUCAUUGUGUAGUCGAAGGGGAUUUUAAUUCAAACUUUGAAGUAAUAUGUUUUAAAAUCUUAAAUUGUCAAAAGUUUAAGUUUUUAUAGGAUUUUUAGCUAAAAUUAGAAAACUGUAGGUUUUGGCUACCGGUGCAUUAAAAAAAACCAACACAAUUGUUAAUCAAUUGUUGUUUUUUUCAUGUACCGUACAGAGUAUGAUAAUAUUUUAGUAAUGUAUUUCAGUAUUUUGAGGAUAUUGAUUGCCUG